CAUUCCGUCCGGAACACAUUAGUAGAUACACAAGAUGGCGGCGUACUUGUUGGGGUUAGGGCGAUUGGGCUCUUUCAAGGGUCUCCAGGUGAACAGCUGGGUCACCCUGAAGAACGGACCCGCUCUUUGGUUCUGCACUCAAACUGAUGAGCCAAAGAGACCAGUGAAAAAGACCAAAGCUGUAGGAAAAACAGAAGCUCCACAUGAGAGAGCAGCUCUUCUAGCCCACAGGACUGCAGUUUCCUUCCCUGUGAGGUUCUCAGAACCUGAAGGAUUUCUUCUGGGUGGAACUAAAGAUUCUAUCACUGCUGCACCUGUAGAUGCUACUCCUGGAGAGACCAUAGGCACUGAUGAGGCAGCAGGAGGACUUCAGCGCCCAGGGAGAGGACCUAGAGGCAGAUCUGAAGAGUCAGAGAAGUUAAGCCCUGAGACUGGUUCAAGAACUCCUGAAGAUGUGAUGGAAGAUGCUGCUGCCUCUCUUAUCACUGAAGCACACUAUAAAACUCCAUGGCUACAAGUGGCGCAAGCUGAGGCUCCUGUAGAGGUCUCUGCAGAACCUGCUGAGCUCUCUAAAGAAUCCCAGAGGGUAGCUGCUCCAAGACCUGUCAAAUCAAAGAGCUUACCCACUGAAGCAGCUGCUGAGGCUAAAACUUUGAGCACUGCAGAAGAUCUGAAGGACCCUUUUCUGGUCUCAGCUGAAGUUACAGAAGAAGAUGUGUCAUUGGAGACUGCUGCUGAACAGCUUGAGGAGCCUACAGCUGCAGUAGUAGAACCUACAGAGCCUGAGGAGCCUUUUGAUAACAGCACCUAUAAAAACUGCCAGCACCACAGCUACACACCCUAUACRUUUGUAGACCUGGAUGUAGAAAUGGCCAAGUAUCGCCUCCCUCAACCCUCUUCUGGCARACCCUCACCUCGGCACUAGAAGAGCGGAACCAGUUAAAAAUUAUUCUUUGUAAAUGUUAGUUUAGAAAUUAGUGAUUCAAAUAUAUUUGUGUGUAUGUUGUAUAAUAUAUAUAUA